GGCGAGGAGGCCCGCGGGGGUUGCCAGGAGCCGUGCCCCUGCCCCCUCCACCCCCGCACCUCCUGCCCGGCGGGGACGGCCUACACCAGGCUCGGGGGGCCCGGACCCGCCGCCCCCGACGCCUCCCGGAGCUCGUGCAGGCCGCCGCCGUGCCCGGUGCCGUGCCCGCUGCCGUGCCCGUUGCCGUGCCAGGAGCCGUGCCAGGAUGGAGGGAGUGAGCGGCGGCGGCGGUGGCAACAGGACCAUGUCCUACAGCCGCUGGAGCUACGACAGUGUCUUAGACGAUGAGAGCAGCAACCUGCGGCAGCAGAAACUCGACCGGCAGCGGGCAUUACUCGAGCAGAAGCAGAAGAAGAAGCGCCAGGAACCCCUCAUGGUUCAGUCCAACGCAGACAGCAGGGCCAGAGCCCGCCGGGCCAAGCAGUCGGAGGAGCAAGCCCCCCUGGUGGAGUCCUACCUCAACAGUAACAGCGGCGCCGUCUGCCACGUGCAGGAGGCUGAGCAGGAAGACAUAAAGGUGGGAGUGGAGCCCCCAGCGCCCAAGUCGGCCAAGAGAGCCAAGGCGGCGGCGGCGGUAGCCGGGGCCGGGGCGGCCGGCAAUCAGACUGGCGGCACCAAGAAGGAGAAAAAGGGGAAGCACAAAGGCAUCGACGGACCGGCCGCCGCGUUCCAGGACGAGGGACAGGAGGCCGGGAGCCACGCCCACAGCCUCAGCCAUGAUGAGGAAGAGGAGAGCCCGGCCGCUGGGGCCGGCCAGCAGCAGCAGGAGCAGAACAGGCAGGAGCAGAGCAAACAGGAUCUCCAAGUGACAAUGCAGAAGAAGGGUAUCUCCAGUAGCGUCAACUUUGACGAAGAGGAGGAUGAGGAGGAUGAAGACAGUUCCAGCUCCUCCCAGAUGAACAGCAACACCCGCCCGGGCUCUGCUGCGAGCAAGAAGUCCAGCAAGGAGGCAGCGUCGGCCCCCAGCCCGGCGGCCACGGAGCUGGCCGUGGACGUGGAAGACCUGGAGGAGUUCGCGCUGCGGCCCGCCCCGCAAGGCCUCACCAUCAAGUGCCGAAUCACCCGGGACAAGAAGGGGAUGGACCGAGGGAUGUUCCCUACUUACUACCUCCACCUGGAGAGGGAGGACGGUAAAAAGGUGUUUCUCUUGGCUGGAAGGAAGAGGAAGAAGAGCAAAACCUCCAAUUACCUCAUCUCCGUGGACCCCACGGACCUGUCCCGAGGGGGGGAGAGCUUCAUCGGGAAACUCCGGUCCAACCUCAUGGGGACCAAGUUCACCGUGUACGACAAUGGUGUCAACCCCUCGAAGGCCUCGUCUGGCUCAGACACCAGCUCGCUGCGCCAGGAACUCUCUGCCGUCUGCUAUGAGACGAACGUCCUGGGCUUUAAGGGGCCUCGGAAGAUGAGCGUCAUCAUCCCCGGCAUGGACAUGGACCACCAGCGAGUGUCUAUCCAGCCCCGCAACGAGCAGGAGACGCUGCUGGCGCGGUGGCAGAACAAGAAGACGGACAGCGUCAUCGAGCUGCACAACAAGACCCCCGUCUGGAACGACGACACCCAGUCCUACGUGCUCAACUUCCACGGGCGCGUCACCCAGGCCUCCGUCAAGAACUUCCAGAUCAUCCACGACAAUGACCCCGACUACAUCGUGAUGCAGUUUGGGCGCGUGGCGGAGGACGUGUUCACCAUGGACUACAACUACCCCGUGUGCGCCCUGCAGGCCUUCGCCAUCGCCCUGUCCAGCUUCGAUAGCAAGCUGGCCUGUGAGUGACCGGCCGUGCCGGCCUCCCCCCCACACCUCUGACUGCCGCCACCCCUUCCCUCCCCCCGCACCGACCGCUUCCGGGCGCCCGGAGGACGGACCCGGUCCGGCUCGGAACCCGCCGGGCCCCCGCGGACCCCGCCCGGGCCAGUGGAGUCCGGGGUGUCCCGGUUGUCCCAUUACUGCGGGUGACCCCCUCCCUGCCUCUGCCUCACCUCUCACGGGAGCCGCGAGCCGCCGCCAGAGGGACCAGGGUUGGAAAUCGAGUCCUGGUCCGUUCGUGUCCGUGCCGAGUCCCACGGGCGCCCCCGAGCUGGGAUGCGGGGGCGCCGGGUCCGGCUCCUGACUCCGCCGCCUGCCGUCUUGCCGUCGGGUGCGAGAGAAGCCUCAGAUCUGUGAGCGCUGCCCCUCCGGCACCAGUCCCGGGACCAGGCAGGUCAGGAUACGGGGCAAACUGGUGUCAGUUUGGAGCGACCUGGGCCGGAGGGCAGGUGCGCUCUGUUGGUUGGCUGAUGUGAGGCUGGGCCCGGGACUGAAUGGGAGUGGGACUGGGGCCAAGGCUGGGGCUGGGAUUGAACUGUGGAAGGAAGAAGACGGGGAAAGCACAAAAUCACAUUGCACAAGUCACUA